CAUUAGAGCUGAUUUAAGUUUUAGGACAAGCGCUCGGAUUAACAUCCUGCCCACGUCACAAUGCAAACCCUGCUGGGCGCGCGCUGAUUGGACAGACGCUUCUUUCAGAGUUCUGCUCAUAGACUGCUGGAGAUACAGGCGAACUGACUCCUGGAUCCCGAACCGAGCCCGAGCGCUCGCGCUUUCCGUGGAGCAUCUGCGUGGAACAUGGCGGAGCUGAGCGCAGUCCGACACGAACUUAGAACCAGAAAUCUGAGCGGUUCUUUUGAGGAGCCUCAGUGUAUGUCACCACAGAAAGAUGAGCAGCAGACACUGGCCGUGCCGUUCUGUGGCAGCAUCCGCGGAGGACUGAGACCGGGGAAGAAAAUCACGGUCAUGGGCGUCGUGAAUGCAGAUCCGGACAGGUUUGACAUCAGUCUGACGUGCGGCUGUGGGGACGUGGCUCUGGAUAUGUGCGUGCGGUUCGACGACCGGGAGGUUUCACGAAACGCCUGUGUUUCUGAAAGCUGGGGCGAGGAGGAGAGGUCAAUACCGUACUUCCCCUUCAUCGCAGAGCAGCCUUUCAGGGUUGAGAUUCACUGUGAUCACCCGCGCUUCCGCGUGCUCGUGGACGGCCAUCAGCUCUUUGACUUCUACCACCGCGUGACGCCGCUGACGGCCAUCGACACCAUCCAGAUCAGCGGCAGUCUGACCAUCACCAAGCUCAACUGAAGACUCCUCGAGUCUGUUCUGGGUGCUAAAGACUGUCUGUGAUGCUGAAGGACGCUCCACAAUCAUCUAGAACUGAUGCACUUCGAGCUAUAAGGAGGCAUUCGUUUUGAUGAGCAUCACAAUUCUCAGUAGCAUUUUAGCAGAAGUCAACAUGAAAUGCCAUUCGCAUCCGAUUUAGUUUGUUUUUUCUGAGUGCAAAGGGAUAUUCAAAUAGGGUGGGACUUGAUUUUGAUGAAUAUCUGUAGUCCAUCUCAUAAGUUCACAUCAUCCUGGACUCAACUGGACUUUCCAUUGGCUUUUGGAUUAUUGCAGAAAAAAAAGCUCUGUGACUAAGAUUUUUACUCAUUUUGUUAAUCUUCACAAUCAAUUUUGAAUCCUGAACACAAUCACCAAAAGUAAAAAAGAAAUGUAAACAAA